AUGUUGGACCUUGAGGAGUGUGGCGUUUACAACAUGAUCAAGAAAGCUGUGUUUUACUCGUAUCGACUAACCUCGGAGAUAUACAGGAAAUGGUUCCGUGAGUGCACAAGAGCUUCCGGAAGGUCGUAUGCUGAGAACGCUCGGGACAUGGAGCGCAGGUUCCUGCGGUGGCUGAAGGCCGAAGAAGUGGAGACGAUGGAGGAGCUGAAGCAGUUGAUGGUGAUGGAAAGAUUCAUGUCCAUGCUCCAUCCAGAUCUAAGGGUCAGGAUCAAGGAGGCAGGUAUUAGAGAACUUAAGACUGCUGCAGACAGAGCCGACCUGCUGGAAGAGGCACUACAUCUCAGAAAGGAGGGACCGCCCAGGCACUCGCCUUACCCAAGGUUUGGGGGAAACGUCAAGAGUUCAGGAGGAGCGAGGACGGGUGGAGACUCUCCCAAGAAUAGUUUAUACAGUGAGGUGAGUCGGUCCAAGACUUCAGGGGAACCAGUGAGGAGACCCCAAUUAAGGAACGCCGGGACUGUUGCUGGAGAGAGGAACGCUGCCAGGGAGACAAUGACCGGGGGCGCGAGGAGAACCCAGGGGACCUCGGUUUCCGGGAGCGUUGCCCGAGUGACAGGUGGAGAGUCGCCUCCCAGGAGAGUCAGAUGUUUUUAUUGUGGUGGGCAUGGACACUUUGCACAUGAGUGUGGUCGCCCCAGUCAAUGCGGAAAUGUGGCACUGGUCAGAAUAGACGACCAUGGAGACAAGAACGUUGUGAGCGAAUCUCCACUAGAAAGGGAGGAAAAGAUCCACCAUUUUAUUUGUGAAGGUACUGUGAAGAUAAAUGGGACCGACCCCAUUCCUGUGAAGAUGUUGAGAGAUACUGGAACAGACUUUACCCUGGUGAGUGAGACCCUAUUCCCGGAGGGUUAUGAGGACACCAGUGUGGGGGUGGCCAUGGUGACCACUGUGGGUGGCGAUGGUGACCACUGUGAGUGGCCCAGUGAGAAUGCCUCUUUGGACUCUGACUACGGCUGCAAGACCCUAGUGGUGGGGGUCUGCACCUCGAUGCCUAAGAUGGAGGCCCAGGUCAUUCUGGGAAAUGACUCAUGUGCGGGAUGUGUACUCCCAAACCUCGUUAAGGGCGAGGAGUGUUUGGAACACCAUAGAAUGGGAGGCAGUGCAUAG